AGUAAUCAGCGACUUUGCCACGCAGUAAAGACGAAACGGAGGCGGUGAUCUGAGCAUCGAUAGUGGCUCGCGUGCCAAGAAGAUGCGGGUGUUCGCGUGGCCUGGCAGCGUGACUCGUGGCGGACUCAUAAACGAUGAAUUGGCGGGCAGCGAUGUUGGCUCGGGCGAGAAACGCGGCAGCAGCAGGAGCAGCAGCGGAGGAGGCAGCAGCCACGGCAGCCAGCGAACCGGCAGAUCACGAUCUGGCGAACAACAUCAAGGGCCAACCAUCGGCUGGGCAUGUACGUCAUCUACCCAGCGGACGAGCUGCUGCGUAUCUAUGAGAACCGGAACCGUGAUCCUAGUCAAGUGUUGACGGGGGAUCAUCAUAGCCAAAGCACUGAUCAGGUGACCAGGGUGCUAGCUGAGAAUCAAAGAAACAACGAGCAUCAAUCAGCUGGCCAACAGGAGUGUAAUAGUAAGAAGGGUAAAAGUAAGAAGGAGAGAAGAAGGGAGCGCGGAGGGCAGACAAUCAGAAGGAGGAGACGAACCAACGAGAUUGCGUGGGGACAAGCAAGCAACGAGGUAGCCAAGGGUACUCGUCGCGAUAUACUUACUAGGACUAUGUUGAACAGCCGAGCAGCCGCCGGCGAGGAUGCCGCCAAUCCUCUCAGGGAACUCACGCAACCGGGUCUCAACGAGCCGCUCAAGCAGCACAAUGCGGCCGCGCUCAAGCUCGUGCAGACUGUGUCAGAGUUCGCUCAGGAGCUUGGCGCGGUAAUGGAGACCCAUUCGACGAACGUACGUCGCCUGGUCGACGAGUUCCGUACCAGAUCAGCUGAUACCAGGGUGGAUACUGGUGGAAUGCGUCGAGUCUGGGAAAGUAUGCUUCGUCAGGUACAAGCAGACGCUGAAGCUCACCUAGAUUUAGCCGCGGUUCUUCAGCAACAGCUGUCCAGGCCUACUUUGGAGGCCAGCUUCCAUCGAAAACUCCAAUCGAAGAAGGUGUUUGCACGCCGCGAGGCCUACGAGCAGGUGGUCGCCGAAACGGAGAAGAAGUUGCAGCGCGCUCGAGCUGAUUACAAGCGCGCUUACGCAGCGCUGUUAACGAUCGACGAUGGCAGCGAGCAAGAGUUGAAGCGCGUUUACUUCGAGGCGCACAACGCUUACGUGCUUCAAUUGAGGGCGACGAAUGCCAUCACGGAACGUUACCAGUCCUACUGCCUGCCUAAUCUUCUCAGCGAGAUAGCGGAGGUGUACGAGGAGUUAUGCGGAUUGGCCUGCAAAUGCGUCGCAGGGGUGUCGGAGGCGGCUGCGGAACGGGCUGGGGAACAGACGAAGCGGUACCAGGCUGUCGUCAAGGAGGCUCAGGUCAUCGCGCCGCUGAACGACUUACAGAUUCUGGCACGAACCCUAGGAGCCUCCGCAACUCUAUCGAAGAAGCCCGCAAAGCGACUCUUCGUGGCACCAGCCCCUCCAGAGAGAGUGUCCACUGAAAGGAUCAAUCAGAUACCGCCUCUGAGGGAUGAACUGGCUCCAGUGGGGACCAGUAGCCUACCAAUGAUGGAAAACCUACGACGGGAACACGACAAUCUCACUCAAGAGAUCACAAGACUCCAGGAUGCCCUGGAUGCUCUGAUCCGCAUGCAACGAAAGAGUGCCGAAAGCAAUCUUUACACCAAAGUGGCCGAGCUACAGGAAGAUAUCUCUAUGAAACGUUUCGAGCUAGGAGAAGCGCAACUCUACCUAGCAGCUGUGCAAGCACAGAAGGAGCUGUUCGGUGCUGGAGAAGCCGGUCAACCGGAUGGGGUGAGCAGCCGGAAGAUGUCGAAUGGCUCGACCGGAAGUACCAAGCAUAAAUGGCUGAAAGCGUUCAAGAGCUUGAAGACCAGUUCCCCGACGACUCCACCAUCAGUUGACAAAGGGAAACAAACGAUGUACCAUGCUGUAUCCACGGUCGUCGACAUAUCUAGAAAAAGCCUAGAGUCAGAAGGGGGCCACUGCUGGCGCGAGCACACCUACCGUAAGAUCACCCCAUGUGACGCCUGUGGCCAGGUUCUACGUGGUCACAGCCGCCAAGGUGUCAGAUGUCGCAGCUGUAAGGCGAACGCUCACACAGACUGCAUCAACAUGGUCCAACCAGCCAUGUGCCCAAAGAAAGGCGGCGGAAUUCCUUUAUUACGUCGACAGAAGACCCAAACCCAAGUGGACGAGACUCCAGCCACAGAGCACAACGUGGACGCCAUAUACCAGGUGCUGAAGCAGGCAGGCGAGAUCCGUGGAAACUCGACAAACUCACCACCUACGCCUCCCACAGCAGAUCAUCCUCCAGCACCUUCGUCAGCGAGGGCCUCCUCCCACCCCUGUCCCUCGUCCACCUCUGCGCCGCAUAGUCCGCAACAUAGACGCCCCUGGCUGAACCUGAGGGUGAAAAGUCUCAGCUUGGAUUCACCGGAAGGAACAUACUAUACUGGUAGCCAAAGGGAGUCUGCACCACCUCGACAUUCUGACAGUGGAAGUAUCAACAGAUUGUCGCCAUGCAGCCCAGGACAAGGUCACAGUGUCCAUAAGCACAUCAGAGGAGCUAUUAGGAUGUCCAGUAUGGAUUUACCAGACGAGAAUGAGAAGUCCUAUUCGUCAGCAAGCACCUCGCCUUGCCCCUCACCGCAUCCAAAUAAUCAGAAUAAUAUGAAUCCAUCUGGAAAACGUGUUCUACCACCUAACAAUCUUUAUGUGGUGCUGUACAACUUCGAGGCGCGACACCGGGAUGAGCUGGACUUGAAGUAAUCAUAUAAUCUGACAGUAAUCGACAAGUCAGAGAAGGACUGGUGGAAAGGCAAGUGUUUGGGUGGCAGAGUAGGCUAUUUUCCCAGUGCAUACGUGAUGCGAGUGGAGUCUGGACAAAAGACUCUUCAGGUGAAACGCAAUCUACAGCUGACUGACCAGAUCACCCUCUUACGUGACCAGAUUGUGAUACAAGUAGGCGAAGAAGUGGACGGCGUCGCGAUGGUACGCUGCGCCGCGGACGUCAGAUCAACAGACCACACCGGCAAGGAGGGCGAAGUUCUCUAUAAAGAAACCUUGUGCCCGCUGAAGUACCUCCAGGAGGUGUGACAGCAACUUCGCCAGCUAGGCGAGCGUCCGAGUCGCGCGAGUCUCCGCGAGCGAUUUUCCGCUUCAGCGCGUC